GUAUGCAAUACAGAUGUAGACAUAUAUAUAUAUACACACACACGGAGAGAGAGAUUGCGAGGAGAUAAUCUCUGUUGAGAAGGUGAGAAGAGUUGAAAAUAAGCUAGGAAUGUCGGAGGCGUACGAGAGGGUGAGGGGCGGAAGGCUGGCGUUCAAGGGCGGCGAGCUCGCCACCCGCGACAAAGGCAUAGACAAGAAGAAAAAGAAGAAGAACAAGAACAAGAACAAGACCGCCGACGACCCCGUUUUGUCCGAGGACCCGAGUGCCAACGUUUUGGAUUCGGGUUCGGGUGCUGGGGAGGUGUACACGAUUGACGCCGCGAAGAAGAUGAAGUACGAGGAGUUGUUUCCUGUCGAAUGCAAGAAGUUUGGGUACGACCCGAAUGCCAAAAUCAAGUCCGUUGAAGAUGCUUUAGAUGAUCGCGUCAAGAAGAAGGCUGAUCGUUACUGUAAAUGAAUUGAAGCAGUCGGCUUUUGCUGUAGCUAUGCUUCUUCAGCUGACAAAGGAAGGCUGGAGAAGAUUUGAGGGUGUUGAUCAUCGAAGUAUGCGGCUCAGAAGCUGGCAUUUGGUUGUAUUGUUCUAGGUUACCUUGAAGUUCCCCUUGGCAUAGUUUUACGAGACCAGGACAUGUAUAAUUACAACUGUUAUGUACGAUCAUUCAGAGUUCUAUUCUGAAGUGCAUGCUUUCUUACAUCCUAACUCGUAUUGCUAUGUGAAUUACAGGAUAUUCAGUUGA